GUGACCAGCGAAGAAAAACGUCUUGUACGUUAUAUACUUAAGUUAACCACAAACGGCACACAGUUCAAUUCUAUCGUCUUCACUCUUACCGGCGUGACGUCUUAGUUUCUCAAGAUAAAGCCUAAUUUCUCCGGCGGAAAGAUGGAGGGAAGCGAAUCUCAGAUCUAUCACGAGCGACAAAGACUUCAAUUUUGCCUCUUGCACUCCCUCAACAAUCUAUUUCAGUACAAGGACGCAUUCACACGGGAAAGCUUGAACUCAAUCGCGGAGAAACUCGUGGCCGAUGAUCCGAACAAAGAAACGUGGACGACGCCUCUCUCCUUCCUCCUCAAGCCUCACCACAACACGCUCACAGGGAACUACGACGUAAACGUGAUGAUCGCAGCUUUGGAAGGGAAAGGCAAGAGUGUUGCUUGGCAUGAUAAGCGUCAUGGAGCUUCUUCGAUCGAUCUUGAUGCAGAUGCUUUAAUGGGUGUUGUGCUGAAUGUUCCGGUGAAACGAUACGGUGGGCUUUGGAGAAGCAGGCAUUGGGUUGUGAUGAGGAAAAUCAAUGCAGUCUGGUAUAACUUGGAUAGUGAUCUUGUUGUGCCGCAGAGGUUUAAAGACGAAGAUGAAGUUAGGAGGUUCUUGGAUCAGAAUCUGAGUUUAGGUUCAGAGGUUUUGUUAGUCAACAAUGCAACUGUUUUCAGCAUCAUUCCCUUUAUAUAUAAAAUAGUCCCUCAGUCUUCUCAACUCUGUCCUCGUAAACUGCUCUCACUCUCUUGCAACAUGUCAGCUACAGAAACAAAACAGUGCAGUGCAAACACUAAACCAGUAACCUCUGGUAAGCAAUCCACAGCCAAGAGACCUUAUGGUAAGAAUCCGGGACGCACAACGAGCUGUGGCUUGACGCUGCCGAGGAAAACAGAAGUCACCGCAGCAAGACUGAUCAAGCAUCUCAGCUGUAAAUUCGUCAAAGGGUUACGUCUAGUUGUGAUGAGGAAGAAUAAGAAGAAGAGACCUCCACCGUUGAAGUCUUCUUCCACCGGUAGAUCUCAGCCUUCCGUCAUCUCAGUGGCGAAUGAUACAUGUAGAUCAGAGGCUAUAGAAGACUGCAUACAGUUCAUAAACUCCUCGACCUCGUUCACAAGAUCAAGUUCUGCCAGUGGCCGUACAUCUUAAGCUUUUAGUUACGCCCAUAUAAUUUCGAAGACUCUAUUUCUCAGUCGCUCGUUGGCUAAAAACUGCAUGUAAUAUCCUAUAUAUACUAAAAUCUAUGUAGAGAGUAUAAGAGAGGACUAU